AUGGGGAUUGCGCGUUGGUUUUGGGACGUCGCGGCGGGAGUAGCAGGAGCGGGCGGAGCGGGAGAAGCGGAAGGAGUGGGAGGCGCGGCAGCCGAAAGCCGGACCAGCAAGCCGUCUGAGGAUGCGACUUUGGCGGUGACAGCAACCGGACGCCGCGCAGCGCCGGCCUUGGUGAUUGACAUCCGCGGCGGCGGCAGCUGCAGCGGCGCGUUGGGCGGCGACGGGGAUAAAGCAGCGUCGGUACGGACGGCGCUGUACCCAUCGGCGCGCAGUGAAGGCGGUGGCGGCGAGCGGAGCGUGCGCGACGUGCUAAUCGUGGAAGGGGGAAGGCCGCCCGCGGAUGCGGGGCGUGCCCGAGGCGGUGUGUUCCGCAAGAAGCAGCGGCGGGGGAAGGGCAAGCGGAGCGUGUUCGUGUACGAGCUGGUGCGCGCGCCCGCGGGGGGAGGCGGCGGGGAUUAUGGGGGCCGCGGAUUGCCGCGCGCGAGAACAGCAGGCGCCGCGGAGAGUGGCAGUGCUGGGUUGUGGGGGACGGACGGCGCGGAAGGAGUGGCGGAGGGAGCAAUGGGAAAGGCGCAGGGUUGGCAGCAGCGGUCGCUGGAUCGAAGUGACACGCAGAGCGACAUUGCUGACGUGGACGAAUGGCGAAGGGAGAUGGAGAAAUAUCUGACGGAGAAAUUAAGGCGAGAAUCGGGUUCGAAGGAAAUGGGGCGAAAGGAGAAAGAGGUUACGAGAGAGGAAAGGGAAAGUGGCGGCUCGGAAGGGGAGCAGCACGAACGGGAGAACGGUAGCGGCGGCGGCGGAAGUUGGGGGUUGCGAGACGCUGAUGAUGACGACUUGUUAGGAGCAAGCGGGCGCGCUUGUAAUGCGUACGGGGGCUGUGACGAAGGAAACAACAGCUGGCGCGAUACAAGCAGCGAAGGGGAGGCAGCGGGGAUUGACCAGUGGGACCUGGACGCGGAUAUCGAGGCGCACCAUAGCGAGGAUGAAAGCAGCGCUGUGCUGUCCGCCGCCACGAGCGGCGACGGGGGCGAUCCGUGGGGCGUUGGGGGCAGCAGUGGCAGCGAGGAGCAGCGAGCGCUGCAGCGGCAGGGGCGAGACAAAGGACUAGUGAUAGACUUGGGAGUGGAUGGGGAGGAGUUGGGAGUGGUGAGGAGGGACGAGGAUUGGUUUGAAGAGGCGGAGGGCGUGUUGCUGGUGGACGAAGGGCGUGUCGUGCCUUGGGAGUCAGACGGUGGUGAGCGCGGCAGAAACGGAGAAUGGGGAAGGUCGCGAAGCUGUGUGGAAGCGUCUGUCCGCCAAGCCAGCAGGGCGGCCGUUGCCCGCGCUGCAGCGGACGCGCAGGCAGGCAGGAGAGGCGACGGCAGCGAUGGCAGUGGGAGUGACGGCAGCACCGGCCGUGGCAGCGACAGCAGCAGCAGGGACAGGGAGGGUGGGCGGCCCGUGCUGCUGCGGUGCGAGGGCGUGCAGGGGAGCAACCGCGUCCGCGCGUUUGAUCCCAGCGAGUACCUGCCUGCGCCCACAGCACCCGCAGCACCUGCAGCACCCGCAGCAGCACCCACAGCUGCAGGUGGCGUGCCUGCGAGCGAGCACCACUGCGUGAGUGCAGGUGCAGGUGCAGGUGCGAGUUGGAACACACCCACGGCAGCCGGUGCAGCCGCUGUGCCAGAGGGCCGUGAGACUGCAGCGCAGGGAGGUGCGAGGGCGAGGGCACGCCAGGGAGAUGACGCGGCGGCGACGUCAGCAGCGGCGGGAAAGAGCCAACACGUGUCGGCAUGGUGGCAAUUCGGUGGGGCUGAUAAGAGCGCUGAUAAGAGCGACAGCAGCGGGCAGGCCGGCAGACGGAAGAGCACAGGUGGUGGAGUGAGCAGCGGAGUGCAUGGGGGUCGGUCCCGGCCGCUGGGACCCCCACCCACGCCCCAGAGCCCUGACCACGACGCACGCAUGGAAAGCCGCACCUCGCACUUGAUAUCACCACCGGCUCUCCCCUCGCACGCAUCAGCAGCGUCAUCGUCCCGCCUACUGCCCUCCCCACGCCUCCCGCCCUCCCGGCGCCUCCCGCCGUCCCCCAGCCUGAGGAGGCAGCAAUCCGCUGCGGCUUCGCUUGCUGCGGUGGAGGCGAGUCAACGGCAGCGUGAGAGGCAGGCUGAUUUGACUGCACGAGCAGGCAAGCAGAGCAGGGGAGCGCGGGAGGACUAUCGUCACCAGGCUGACGUGGCAGCCCAGGAGGAGGAGGCGAGUCUGAGGGAGCUGGAGCAGCAGCUGGAGAGAGAGAGGAGGAGGAUGGAGGAGGAGGAGGAGGAAGACUUGUUGGCAGUGGCUGGUGAGAGGGGAUUGAGGGAGGUGCGAGUGAUGGAGGGCGAGUGGGAGGAGGGGGGUGCUUGGAUGGUGAAGAUGCCCGGAAGGGGGGAGUCAAGGAGGCUGGAGGAGCUUUGUGAGAAAGCGGUUGGGAUGGGUGCUGGUGGGGUGGGGAUGGGGUUCGAUGGGGUGGAUAUGUGUUUGGAGCUGGAAAGAGGGGUGGUGAGCAUUGGGCCUAACACACGGCAGGAGAGGCGGGCGAGGGAGCAGCUGGAGAAGAUGGGUGCGUGUGUGAAACAAGAUGUGGGAAUGGAAGCAGCAGCGGCGCCACCCAUGCGACGGUCCCGCACUGACACGAGGCAGGAGAGGCAGGCAAGGGAGCAGCAGGAGCAGAGGGAGCAGUUGGAGCAGAUUGGUGUAUGUGUGAAACAGGAUGUUGGUCUGGUUCCCGUGCCACCUCCCAUGCGACGGUCACGGACUGACACGCGGCACGAGAGGGGGAUGAGGGCAGGGCAGCAGGCAAUGACACCAGCAGUGAGGGGAGGUGGCAGAAGAAGCGAAGGGUGCAGCAGAGGGGAAGCAGGCAGCGGGCGGGUGUUGCGGCGAGGCAGCACACAGCCGAGCCGGCGCUUGGAGCAACAGGAGGGGGUGGCCCGGCGCAGAGAGGGGGACCUGCUCAUCCGCACACACGCACUGUGA